UCAAAAUGGCUGAAUUGCCCGAGCUGUCAAACAGGACAAAUUAAAUUUUAAUAUUUUUGAUUGAUUACAAGAAAAAGAAAACCAAAGGAAUUGUAUCUGCAAGAGCACCAAGGUGAAAUCAGCAAUGAGCGGUCGUUACGACUACAGCAAAGGGUCGUCUCGAUCCGCGCGUGAUGAUUCUAGGCAGGAGAGGCGGCGGGAGCGCGACAGGUCGCGGUCGCCGCGCUCGAGGUCUCCGAGGCGCCGUUCUCCUGAAUUCAGUCGCAAUCGCUACUCUUCUAAGGAACGGACGAGGGAACUCGAUACUAGUCGUGACAGAGACACAGUUACAAAGCCCGUCAAAAUUCCAAAACACACAGAAUGGGAUGAGUCCAGUGAUGAGGAGGUCCCUGCCCCACCUCCCCCUCCUAGAAUCAGCAAGAUCAGUAUUGGCUUUGCAAAGCCGGCUGUGCCCAUCAAGAUGAACCUCGGUGCCAAGGCUAGUGUGCACGCCCCGAAGCCGACUAUAGCAUCAGUGUUCAAUGCUGAUGAUGAUGAUGAUGAGCCUGAGGAGAUGCCAGCUGAAGCCAGGAUGAGGAUGAGGAAUAUUGGAAGAGAAACACCAACAUCAGCCGGCCCAAACUCCUUUGGCAAAACCAAGCAGGGCUUCUGUGACGCCAAGAAGCUGUUUGAGAAGAACCUAAAGCAACAACUAGAUGAAACAAAUGAAAGGCCAAUUUUACCCAAAUUCCCGCAGACCAUCUAUAAGAUUAAACCUACAUGAGGAGUGUAGUCUGUUUAAAGACUGGUCUUUGUGAAUUAAAAUGUUUUUUUUUGUCAAAAUGUGUCAGCCCCUGUUAUUACCACUUAAAAUUAUUUUAAGCUGAAACAAAAAGAAAUUAAGUAUAUUAUUAAUUUUUUGGUACCAUAUUUUUUUUUUCUUUGGUACAGUCAGCGUUGUAUAGUAGGUAGCAUCCAAAGUAUUCAAAUAGUUCGGUACGCCAUACAAAUAAUAUAGGGCAUUAUCUAUAAAAAGGGACCUUAUUGUCGAUGGCGCUUACGCCGCAUAGCGUCGCUCGGCAUUGUAUUUAUAUCGGUGCAUCGUUAAUAAUGGCGUAAGCACCAUCGACAAUAAGGUCCCUUUUCAUAGAUAACGUCACAUAUGGUGUACUGAAGUAUUUGAAUAAUUUGGAUGCUGAUUCUAUAUGACGCUGACUGUACCAGAAUUGCAAAUUAAAUCCAAAUCUGUUAUACUACUGGCUUUGUGAGCAAUAGACCUUGUGAACCUCCACGGUUCUUCCAUUCACGAAAAAUGAACUAUUUACAUAACUUAUAGAACCUGUUUAAAAAAAAAUCACGAGAAUCGGAUGAGAAAUGCGAGUUGUAGAGAACCGCCAGACAGAUAUGAAAGCAUUAUUGCCUAAACUGACACAUUGGUGUUUAAUUUUUCGCAGCAUUCUUCUCAGUCGUGCACUAUUGUCAGAGUGGUUGUGGCUGUUUUGGAUGACGCACAUGGCUGGUCUUCAUUUCCGGUUACGUUAGUGGAAUUCAAACUUUCUCUUGCGAUGUCUCUCCAUUUCUGACGGUUGAUAGCGUUGCGAGUGCACUUCGUCAUUAUUUUUAAAAGGUCGGUCCAUCGCGUAAGAGAUCUUCCUCUGGAUCUUUUCCCUUCGAUCUGGCCCUGUACUACCAGCCUUUCGCAGCAUAGUGACACUUGAUUAUCAUUUAAAUGUUAAUACGAAUCAUUAUAAUUCACAAAGACAUGCUGUUAUUCAUUAACAUGUUACCUAUGCUAGUUAAGUAAUGACCACUUUAUUAACUUAACUUACAUUGGGGCAUGUUGAAACUUAUAAUAAGAUUUAGUUUUUAGCUUGUGUACUGUUACAAUGUUUGAAUUGACAAUGAAUUAUAUUUUAUGUUACUAUGAUGGUGCAAGUAGAAGUUUAAAAGAAAUAAGAGUUUUAGAUGUUGAGUGCUUUCUUACUCUGGUAUUUGUAAUUAAAACCUUAACAGCUACGUAAUAAGAUAGAAAGUUGUGUUUUUAUUAGAUGGAUAGAGUUGGAUCAUAGUUUUAGAGUUUGUGUGAUUGGACCUAAUUUAACGUGUCAAAGUAUGGAGUGCCAUAAUUUUCAUAGAAAUUUGACGUUCAUUGUGACACUGACACGCUUUGUCAUUGUAAAGUCUACCUAGUUAGAUUGGUCCGACUCUAUGACUUACAGAAAUACGUACAUACCUACAUAUUCACAUUUUUUUGCUUUAAACACAUUCAAUGUUUUUAAUAUUGGUCGAUUCUUCUACUUAGUCCUAGAAAAAGGCAGUAUGAGUGUUCAUUUCUUGUCAGUUUUAUUAAAUAGGAAAUGUUUAGUAGUGCUGAAAAGAUCGUGCCUUGUAAAUCAAUCUGGGUCAUUGUUACUUCGACAUAUUCUAGAAAGUCAAAGUUGGAUAUGUGUUCACUACUAUUAGUGUGCAUUUACAUUGUGUCGUUUAAGGCACGUCCAGACGGGAACAAUUUUUCGCCAAUUUGAUUCAAUUGUCUGAUCAAAUCAGGUGGUGCGGACGCAAACGCCAAUAAUGGCCGAUAGUACCGAUAAAAUGGAGGUGCGGACGCAAGAAUAUCAAUUUGUGACCCUAGUAUUCGCGUUUGGGAGCAUUUUUUUAAUAUAGUGCUCAGAUAUCACAAUAAAUCUAAAAUUGGAGAUUGUCGCCAAUUUCUUUUCUGAUCAAAUCGGUCGAUUUGAUCAUCCAGUCUGGAUUGGCCUUUACGUUUUGCAGUCCCCGAAUGAAUGUGGUUUCCUAGCAACCGAGUUUUUCAUGCGGCAAACGACCCAAUGCGACUGCACCACAGUUCUUACUCUGAAAUAUUUACAAAAUUGUGAUGUAUUAUUAUAUUUUACAAAUGUAUUCAACUGGCGCUAGCUUCUUCACAAGAGUUGAACGAUCGUGUGUAUCUUUUAUGGACUUGAAUAUAAUUUUAUUGCUCA